GGUGGAGCCGGGGCCGGGUGGGCUGGGGGCGAGCGGGGUGCCGAUCGCCGCUUGGGUCCGCAGGUCACCGAGUCCCCGAGCGAGGGCGCUCCUGAGGACGGUGCCUGCCUCGGUUUACCCGCAGCUAGGCCCGCAAGAUCGUCGGCCCCCGCGAACUCCCAGCAACGCCCCGGAAAGGCCGUUCCGCCCCGCGAGGGAAACAGAGCCGUUGACCAUGGUUGCAACUGGCAGUUUGAGCAGUAAGAACCCGGCCAGCAUUUCAGAGUUGCUGGACCGUGGCUUCCACCCGGGGAGCCUACUAAAUGAUUUUGACUACUGGGAUUAUGUUGUCCCUGAACCCAACCUUAACGAGGUGAUAUUUGAGGAGACGACUUGCCAAAGUUUGGUUAAAAUGCUGGAGAACUGUCUGUCCAAAUCAAAGCACACCAAACUCGGUUGCUCAAAAGUCCUUGUUCCUGAGAAACUGACCCAGAGGAUUGCUCAAGACGUCCUGCGGCUUUCCUCCACCGAGCCCUGUGGCCUGCGGGGCUGUGUUAUUCACGUGAACUUGGAAAUUGAAAAUGUAUGUAAAAAGCUGGAUAGGAUUGUGUGUGAUUCUAGCGUGGUGCCCACCUUUGAGCUUACCCUUGUGUUUAAGCAGGAGAACUGCUCUUGGACCAGCUUCAGGGAUUUUUUCUUUAGUCGAGGUCGCUUCUCCUCUGGCCUCAGGCGAACUCUGAUCCUGAGCUCAGGAUUCCGACUUGUUAAGAAAAAGCUUUACUCCUUGAUUGGCACAACAGUCAUUGAAGAGUGCUGAAAGGGAAGCACUUGAAAGGGUCCUUUUUUAUGAUUCGGUAAUAAAACUUCACAGCCGCUCAGUCAAAGUCAUUGUAGUUUGCCCUGCCUGCUCUCUGCAAGAAAACCCAAACUGAGUUCAUCUUCCUUCUGUUUCAUAUUCACAGCCACCCCAGCUGAAGGGCUUAUUUGGGGGCUUUUAAGAAAUGAUCUGCGAGAGAGUACAUGGUCUGCAUUUAUCACAGCUUUUACAAAAUGGAAUGGAAUAGAAUGGAAUAAGGAAGGAAAAGAAGCAAUCCACUUUAGUUUUUUGACUCCACAAGUUUUCCAGCUAGUCUUGCUAAUAGACUAUAUAAACCCACUUUGCCUCAUCUGAUUUUCAUAUGGCUUUCUUUCUGGAAGUUUGCAGAGUGAUCCUUUCAAUCACAGAAUCUUUCCAAAAGCCCAUACCACCUAUUUCCUGCCCCUACUCAAAUCUGAAGCGUUCUUAUACAGGAGGAUAGAAUUAAGAGGGUGAGCUUAAUGAAAACUUAACCCCAUGCAAAAGUGAAUAAGGAAUGUCAUAGUGAGAACAGAGUUACAUAUUUCUCUGUUUCUUUGCAUCCCCUCUGCUCUUCUGUUUCAAAGAAGUGGCAAAAGCUCGAGCUACCAUUUAGUAACCACAGUAUUGUUUUAAAUAACGUUAUGGUACAAUAUAAGCUUAGUUUUUCCAGUUCUUAAGUAUUGAAUUUUAUCUUUAAACUAGAAAAAUGGAAAAUGCUGAUUUUUUUUGCAUGUAGUUUAUUACUCUUCCGUUGAGUGAAUGGUGAAUGUGUACAAGGAUGGGAAGUGAGUUCCAAUUCCUUUCUCAUUCACUUGAUAAUGUAGCUUCUUUUGCUUUUACAUAUGCUUAAUCUCAGAUGAACCAUCUCACCAUGUCAGUGUUAUCUCAUCCUUGGCCUCUCCUGGGAACUGAAGGAACUCUCCUUAACCCAAAUCUUCGAAGGAGAUAGCUGCACACUACCACUUUUAAUUAUUAAGAUGGGCCUAUUUACAGAGUCUCCUUUGGCUAUGGAUAUCUGGUUUAUAGUUCAGACUAGAGAAUGAAAAUCAUGAUCUAGGUAACCAGUGCACACAACCAGCUUUCUUCAUUCUUGGUUCCUAGAAAACAAUAAAAGUCUUAUUUUUCUCUUGUUCCAACUAGCUAGAUCUUUACCUUUUUUUAUGUUAAUGAGAGAACAUAACCUCCACAUUAUAAUA